AUGGAAAGCACAUCCGGCUAUGCUUCAGGCAGUGGUCGAAGACUUCGGGCUUCAGCCUGUCGCUCCCCGAGCUCUCGCCCACUGGUCUCCAUGCUGACGGCCUUCGCAGCUUUCGCGGGACAUCAGCAGAUCAGAGUCUUUCCUCGUGGCGGCGCAGCGGAUGUUAGGCCUACGAAGCCCGUAUUCCAGAUGCGGUCUCUCGCCAUCGACAAG